GCCUGGCAGAAUGGCCUCAACUCGAGGGGACAAGCAGUCUUCGCCCGGGGUGGGGACCGCCUGCUACACAGAGACAUCCACGGUCCGCGUGGAGACCUCGUCCCACCGCGUGGAGACCUCCCAGCGCUGCAGCCAGGGGCCUUCCCUCUCACCGUCAGGAAAGCGGCUCCCUCGCGUCCUCGAGGCGUCCUCUCUGCACGUGGAAGCCUCCUUGCAGCGCAUGGAAACGGCCUCCCACCCCGUCAGGGCCUCGUCUCUGCAGAUGAAGACGUCUCUGCAUUGUGUAGAGAGCCCGGUCCCACGGGCCAGGCCGGCUGCUCCCCGCCAGAGGGAAAAAAUGGCCUGAUGAGAUGCUGCUUCCCAAAGGCCACCAAGGAGCCAGGGCCUUCAGCUAGGACAGAAAGGCCUCCAGCUGCCAGGUGGACCAAUGCUUUUUGGUUUAAUGGAAACAGCCCAUAAAUCAAUGUAAGAAACAGCCAAGCCACGGUUCCAAUAAACGGCCAAGGUUUAUUGACUGUCCUCCUGCAGCAUCUUGGACCAGCCUACUUUUGACUCAGUGAAUUAUUUUCACUUGAAGCCAGCACAAAAGGCUUUGAGGCCCAGGAUGCUGCAUAAAUCGGGUUGAUGGACAAAGAGGCUGUUUGAGCCUCUGAGCGAGGUGAGUUUGGGAUCCAAAGCCCUCAGAUGACCUUCACCCCUUAGGAACAGAGACCAAACUGAAAUAAUGACCUGUGGAAUGAUUCCAUGCCUGCUAAAAGCUUGAGAGGCAACAAACAGACUCAUAAAUUAUCAAUUGGCGUCUGUUUAUGUUUCAAAGUAAAUGGUUUUCUUUAUGUUAAGUCUUUGUACCGGGCACACCUAUCCAUACACUUUUUAAAGGUAGGUUAGAUGUAGUUAAAAAUUACAGCAAGCCGGGCGCGGUGGCUCAAUCCUGUAAU